UGCCUACCAGAACUUUUUGAUAGACGUCGUUACUGUCAGUCACGUUUCUGACAUCAUGAGACUUUUCAAUUUUCGUAUUUUUGAAAAUAGUUUUUAACCUUUAUCAGCUGAAUAGAUUUUGAUAGGUAAUAAUAUUCAAAUUGGAAGUAUUCGGCAUCAUUUUCGUAAUGUUUAACCAUGAAUGACAACACUCCUUCUGUGAGCAUAAUCAUUCCCAUUCAUAAUGGUGAGAAUUGGAUGAAGCGCUGUUUUGAAGGAAUUCUUGAACAAACUGCUCUAAAUCAACUAACAAUAGAGAUAUGCAUAUGCAAUGACUCGAGUACCGAUGGCACCCUUCACAAGUUAAGUGAAUGGAAAGACAUUUUUAAGAGUAUGGGGAUCCCUCUGAAGAUAUUCAACAAUGUAUCUACAACCCCUGGAGGAGUUGGAUUUUCAAAAAAUAAGGCUAUCAGCAUAAGCAGGGGACAGUAUUUGUGUUUCCAAGAUAUUGACGAUGUUAUGCUUCCUGGCAGAAUAUUAAUGCAAUAUGAAAUGGCUCUAAAACACGGCAGCAGUGCAAUUAUUGGGUGUAAAUUUAAGCGCGAUCCUGAGAACUCUACCUCAAGGUAUACAAAAUGGGCUAAUUCUUUAUCGCCAAAACAACUGGAGUUACAAGUGUUUACAUCUCAUGGUCCUACAGUUAUCAUGCCUACAUGGUUCUGUGAACGCGAGGUGUAUAACAGAGUUGGCGGAUUUUUUGAAAGCAAAAAAGGGACGCCUGAAGAUUUAGUAUUUUUCUAUAAACAUUUGGAUUUGGGUGGAAAAAUUUUACGUGUGGAUGAAGUUUUACUGAUUUAUACAUACCAUCCCAAUCAGACAUCAUUUUCCAUACACGAGGAUACAAUAUGGAAUUUGAGGGUCGAACGAUUAGAAAGAGUAAUUUUAAGCAGCUGGACAAAAUUUACCAUUUGGAAUGCUGGAAAGCAAGGUAGAAAACUAUAUCAUUCUUUAUCAGAGGAAAAUAAAAGUAAAGUAAUAGCUCUGUGUGAUGUGGACAGAAACAAGAUCGGCCAGAAGUAUGUACCAUAUGACCCACUGGAAAGAAAGUCAGGGAAGGAGAUUGACAUACUACAUUUUAAAGAUGCCAACCCUCCAUUUGUGAUUUGUAUGAAACUGGAUCUCACUGAAGGGGUGUUUGAGAAUAAUCUACGCGAACUGAACUUGAAAGAGGGUAUUGAUUAUGUGAUGUUCAGCUAAAUGCUGAAAAUAACUUGGGAUGUAUAAAACAGGUGCAUUUUAUACUAAUUUAGAAUAAGCUAAAAAUAUUUUUGUAUAUAUUUAUUGAAUAACUAUAUGUACCAGUUAAUUUUGAAACUUGCUUUAUUCAAAGUACUUUAGUGCCCUUGAAAAUCAGGGAUUAUUGUAUUGGUAUGAGGAGCAAUUUUUCAUACUUCCUCGCAUUCCUAUGAUCCCGAUAGCAAAUUAACAUUAAUAAAACACUGCAUAGAAACGAUGUGUGGAUUUUAGUUAAACUGAAUGCAGAAAUGACGACUGGUGUUCCAGUACCAUCGAAAUUCAAGAGCAGAGUAAUUUUUCCAUGCCUCAUCGCAUUUCUGUGGUCUUGCUCGUCCUAUAGAUUCGACGCUUCUACAAUAGAAG